UAUUGGGCUGGGUGCGUAUUGAGUCCAGAAUACGUGGUGCCUUGCCUUCGUUCGGCUUAUUCGGAGAGCAAAUCAGAGACAUUUCUAUUGGAUCAAAAAUGGCUGCCCCAGGUGGAAGCAGUAGCAGCAGAGGAAAUUCAGCGAAAGCCAUGGUCGCCGAUCAGAUCUCUCAGGCCGUACAGUCCACCUCUAACCUCCUCCACCUCAUGCAACAAUCUUCUCACUCCCAGGCCCAACUGGCGAAGCUUCCGAAGGACCUUCUUGCUAAAACAUCCACAAUUAAGAAUACUGGGCAAUUGUUAGAGCAGAUGCCUCGGCUUAUUUCGUCGCUUGAUGCACACAUGGAAAGUGGAUUGCAAAGUGUUCCUCAUUUACAAACUGUUAUCCAAUUGCUUACAAAUAUGGAAAGCUGCCAGCUCAGUUCUCUCUCUAAAGCUCCCUGCUUUCAAGAGGAACAUGAGCAGGAGAACCAACCUUCUAAAGUGGGCUAAUUUUCCAUACUUAGCCGCUGUUUUGCUGAGUAUCUGAAUUUGAUGGUUGUGACUCUGAUCAUACUUGCAAGAAAUAUUUUAAUUUCACGGUCAGAAGUUUGGCUUGUCAUAAGGUCAGAUUAAGUUUUAUGCCAUCUCAAUGUACAUGAUCAUAACCAGAAACUAUAUCCUAUCUUACCUUAUUGUUCGUUGUUAUACAUCAACUGACAAACCAUGCCCAAUCUUUAUCUAACCUAUUGAAACGCAGUUAUGUA